UAAUGUGUUAUAGUUAUGAAACUAGCAUAUUUUAAUAUAUUGGUGUAUGUUGCCUGCUUCGAGGUGGAACGUUUUGAUUUUGGUGACAUUUUUUAUAACAUAAACAAAGAAACAUGUAAACUAAUUAAAAACUCAGUUUGGGUCGCAAAUCUGUGUAAAUGCUUACCCAAUUAUUCUACUUAUUUUAAGAUUCAUGGGAAGCGUAAAUGCUAUAAUGCAGCCGACUUAUAUUCGGAGCUAGAACUAGAAAACGAUUAUAAGAAAGUCUUCUUCUUAAAAUCAAUAUCUGAUACAGAAUAUGUGUAUUACGACGAAAUAUAUAGUCUACAUAGUAAUAUUCUUAGACAAGAAGUAAACCUAUCAUCGUUUGAAAAUAGCACUUGGAUCUUGAUUUCAGAUGCAUCGAUAAAUUUUACUCAGACACAAAUAUUGGUUACUGUGAAAAAGAAUGAAUCUCAACUAACUGGAAGAAUUCUUAGGCUUUCGUUCAAUUUUAAUGGAAAACAAGAUGUUUUGUUAAAAAUAUCCGGCAUAUAUAAACCUCCAUAUAUACUAUUGGAAAACUAUUGGAAGCGGUUGCAUUUGGGUAGUUUUUCAACAGAUUUUUCUGAAUUAUCAAAUUUCAUACCAAAUUUCUCCACAACCCUGAUAUCACCUUUAAAAAUCUUAGAAACAACCAAACAGCCCUUUCAUAAAACAAAUAUAAAAUCAGACAAAAAUGGUUGCAGCAGUAAUCAAUCACUGAUAAUUGGAAUAAAUAUUGGAGUGUUUUUAAUCUUAAUGAUAUGUUGCUUUAUCAUUUGUAGGAGAGUUUAUAAAAGAAUUAAGAAAGGAAAGCCUAUUUUAGGAGACAUAUCUAAAUUAUUUUUGAAAAGUAACGGGAAUACACAAGCAAAAGGUUUGGCCAAGGUUGUUCAAUUUGGUGAUAAAGACAUUUACAUCAAUCCUGAAGAACUAAACAUAGAUGAUUAUCAGCAGUUACAUCUAAAUAUUUCUGAUGUUAGAAAUAAUGGUUCAGGAUAUCAUGAGCUAAAUACAGAAGUUAUCAGGAUUAAAGACAUUACUAAGACAUCAAUAAGCUACAGAACUGUAUCUCAAGAUAGUUGCACAUCUGAAUACACUGUUCCUUCUAAAUCAACAGAUUUGAAUCCAAAAUCUUUCGUUCAGCUAAUACAAGCGCAAAAUAGUAUCGACGAAGUGAAUAUUGAAUCAGACAGUUUACAAAAAUACCAUUCUUACUUUACGAUUGAGUGAUCCUAUCAAAUAAUAAUGUGAUCCUUUCUAAUCAUAAUUUAAAUUUUUAAAAGAUGCAUUAAAACAGGUUCGUUUUGUAAACGUUUGUUUAACUGCAACACGUUUAUUGCGAUUGUUUCAGGUUUUCUUUCAUGUGUUUUGGCAUAGAAGUAUUUGGGUAUUUAAUUUUCUUCCAGACUCUUCUGGAUUUUAAUUCCUAAUUGAAUUUAUAGGCGUUAUUGUUGUACGUUCUUUAAAUUAUUUCAUAAAUUUGUUAUAUUUUUA